AUGCCUGGUAUGAUGGUUCCUCUCCGCGCCCUGGCCGCAGCUGUGUUGGUACGAUCGACUGCCGCCGCCAAAAUCGUGGAGGACGGGGACAAGGGCUUGCCCGAAGACGUGAUUAGCGGGGAGAGCUCUGCCGUGUGGCGGAAAAUCAUGGAGGCCAGCGCCAACGCAAUGCAGUACCAGCGCCAUGCAGAGGAAGUGGCGAAGGCUGCCGCGGAGGCCAGGGCGGUCGACGACGCGGCGUGGGAUGCAGCAGCGGCAAAGGCUGCAGAGGAUGCCAGGGCCGCAGAGCAGGCGGCGAAGGCUUUCGCGGAGGCCAAGGAUACCGAGAAGGUUGCUGUGGAGGCCAAGGCGGCAGAGGAGGCGGCGAAGGCUGCCGCGGAGACCAAGGCUGCAGACGAGGCCGCCAAUGUUGCUUCAAAGGACAGUGCUGCGGAACAGGCUGCGAAAGCUGCAGAGGAGGCCAGAGCUGCAGAGGAGGCGGCGAAGGCUGCCGCAGAGGCCAAAGCGGCCGAGGAGCAGGCGAGGAAUGCCGCAGUGGCGAAGGUUGUACCAGAUGCCAGGACUGCAGACGAGAAGGCAAAGAUUUUCGAGUAUUCCGAGGCUGCCGAGAAGGCUGCUGCGGCGGCCAAUGCGGCAGAGGAGGCGGCGAAGGUUGCCGCAGAGGCCAAGGCGGCCAUGGAGGCGGCGAGGAAGGCCGCAGCGGCAAAGGCAGCAGCAGCAGCCAAAGCCGCAGAGGAGGCGGCGAAGGCUCUCGCGGAGGCCAGGGCUGCCGAGGAGGCUGCCGCGGAGGCCGAAGCUGCAGAGGAGGUGACGAAGGCUGCCGCGGAAACCAAGGCUGCAGACGAGGCCGUCAAGGCUGCCUCAGAGGCCAGGGCCACGGCACAGGUUGCGAAAGUUGCCGAGGAAGCCAGAGCUGCGAAGGUUGCAGCGCCGCCAGCGCAUGCACCGAUCACGGAGGACCGCCAUGAUAAGGGGCGACCACAACCCUCUCCUCCGCCGACAGCGUCCCCGACACUGGAGCCGACACCCGAGCCGACACCUGAGCCAACUUACAAGUUUGAAGCUCCAGGAAUCCCUUGCUCGUGUCACGUGCCGGCCUGCUUCGGGACUUACGACCUCAAUUCGGAUGGUUGCCUUACACAGAACGAAUGUGACCUGCAGAUGCCCGUCCUGGAAUACUGUUUCAUGGUACCCGCAACUUGCGGGCCAGAAAAGUGGGACUUGGAUGAUGACGGCUGCAUCAAUUCAUUUGCUUCGAGUGGGUUUACGCUGUCAACCAAUCAGUCUGCCCACAGGAAGUCCCCGAGCCGUGCGACGAGUGCCCAGAGGGCAAGUACAUCGUCCCGAAUCCCUGUGAGUGCGUAG